AUGGCUUAAGAACUAUACAAAUUACUGGUGUUGGCAUACACAAGUACAGACAACGCUUUGCGAAAGGAUGCUGAAGAAUAGUUGAUGAGUGGAGUAAUAAAAAAUAUCUAAAAUUUCUCAUCGAUUGCUUAGAUUGCAAAGAGUCAGGACAACAGUAAAUAAUAAAAUAAAUAGAAAAGUGCAGAGUCAGGCAGCCAGUUUGUUGAAUUCAGUGGUUUUGAAGAUGUUGUAAAACAAUUGUAUGAAAUUCCGCACUUAUUAAUUUAGUUGAAUUGCAAUUGGAACAUGCACAAUUAGUUUUUGAUGUGAUAAUAUCGCAAUAGACUUCAUUGAAGUGCAAGCAAUUAUUGUAGAAAUCUAUGAGUUUGUUGAUUAAAUAAAAUAAAAGUAAAGCACUUCAUAAUUAAACUGAUUAGAGAUCAAGCCAGAAAUAGAAAACAAAAUGAAGCAAUUGGUGAAGAGUGAUCAAAUUUGGGAAGUGCAAUCAGGAUUAUUCUUCUUCAAGACAUUGAUUGAUUCUUUGGAUUUGUCAUCCUAUAAUCUGGUCUUAAAUUAGGGAUUAGAUUGGAUCAAAGACUUCUUCGAUCUAAUCUACCCACUAUUCAAGAGGUGGGAUGAACAAUCAGCAGACAUAACUGAAGAGUAUAUACUUACUAUCCGAUAUUACGCAUAGAUUGUGUGUGAGUAUUGUGAGAAGAUAUUCAAAUAAAAGGCUCAUAAUAAAGAGUCAUUGAUCCCACUCUAAAAUAUGAUGUUUAAAUUAACUUCAUUCCAAAUAACCUUAUUUACCAUUUUCAAAUACUCCUCUCCAAACAAUGUUAUCUAAAGUUGCAUCAUUUCUUGCACUAACAAUGAACAAUUUGACAACAGAAUAAAUGAAGUGAAAAUGUAUGGAUUUAAAAGUCUCCAAAUCUUAAUGAAUUCCUUAUUAAGCAAAAGUAAAAACGAACAAAGAAACAGUGUCUUUUACAAUCAACAAGCCAAUUUGAAUUAGUUAUUGCUCUACUCCAUCUUUGCAUACACUAGACAAGCCAAAAUCCAAGACAUUCUAUAGUAAUUACUAACCUAUAAUUAGGAAACAAUUUCUGCCGAGUAUCCUGAGUAGUAUGCUUAGAUUACUGGCACAUUUUGGUGGUCAGGCUGAGUUGUACCCCUAUUUCCAAGAAUCCAAAGGCCUUUUGAUUACUGACAUCAUCUAUCCGUUUCUAAUUACCACCAAGAGCGAAUAUCAAAUAAUGAAAGAACAACCAGAGGAAUUCGUGAACAUUGCAAUUGAUGUUGUGGAUAAACAAGAGUCAGAUCUACCCAAAACAGCUGCCACAACUUUGCUUGAAAGCCUAUGUGAUCAUAUAGAUGGAUCAACAUCCUAUCUAGCAUAAAUGGCUAUUGUUGUCAUAUCCUCUGCCAUCUUAGAACUCUCCCAAUCACAAUUAACCAAACAAUAACAACAAAUCAUAUUAACAGACAUCCAACAGAUUUCUGAUAAAAAACUAUUCUAGGAAUUUACUCCUGUGGAUAGAAUAGAAAGUAGUUUGAUGAUUUUGACAAUUAUAAGCUAUUUAGUUCAAAAAAGAUAGGACAUCAUAUAAUUGAUGGAGUAGUUAUUAUCAUCGAAUCUUGUGUUCUUCACUAACACAACUGAAUAGAUUAUAAAGGUUAGAUUUGCCUUGUUUUUUGGUUAUUAUUGUGACAAUUUGUUCAAAGUGGGAUCCCAAUUUUCCAUUAUGUUAAACUACAUAUAAUUGCUGAUUUCUUAUGCCAAGCCACAAGAGCCAGUUGUUUUGUAUUAGUCAAUUGAUGCGUUAAAGGAUAUCUUCGAGGAUGAUGAGUUGAAAGAUAAGACUGGAAAUUUGGUGGUAAAUGUGUUCCCAUCCUUGAUCAAUGGAUUGACUUUCAGUACUUAUGAAAGACAUUUUGAGAUGAUAGGCAAUCUACUCAAGAAGUUCCCGUCUAUCUUCUUUGCAAAUGAAAGUUACAUUAUCAACCUGGUUUAAAUAUUAGUGCAACGCAUAAUCCAAGAAGAAACCUUGGUUAAGAACAAUAAUGAUUCCAACAGAUACAUUCAUUUAAAUAGAUGUUGGAAUGUCAUCAGGUAAUUACCAACAAUCAAUGAAUUUUCACCUCUCCUUCUCAAAAUCGAAUAAGCCAUGCAACCCAUCUAUCAACUGCUUGUCAUCUAAGAUAGCAGAAUGAAUUUUUAUGAAGACUUGAUUUUGUUCAUCUCCUCCGUUAUCUAGAAACUAUAAACAGUUACUCAAUUCCAAAAAGAAAUCUUACCUUACUUUUCUCACAUCAUUACCAAGCAAUCUGGAAGAUUCUUAUACUUAUACGAAACUCUAAAUAUGUACAUGUAUUAUGGAAGAACCUAUUUCUUAUAAGAACAAGCACAACACAUCUACUUCAACUUGUGUCUUCAAAGUCUGAUGCAAGAGGAAACUUUCGAAGACGUCGAUUUGGCUGAGGGGGCACUUCUGAUCUAAUUAGGAAUUCAAGUUCUACAGAAUGAUCUCAAUUAAACCAUAUUAGCUCAAGUGUUCUAGAAUGUGCUCUAAUUAAUGGCGAAAGAGAAUGUCACCGGAAUCAUUCGUUCUAGAAUUACAGCCGUUUUCUUGGUGGCUUUCUACUACAUUCCCCAACAAUCAUGCCAAAUAUUGGGUGAUCUUUUUCAAAAUGUGUACCAAAAGGUCUUGAUCACUCAAUAUCAUCCAGGAUAUGACAUCAAGUUGUUCAUAAUUACAAUCUGCAAAUUAAUCUAAUCGACACCUUAAUUGUUGAAUACUGAAUUGAUUUAAGUAAUCAUUAGGAAUUUGGAAAAUCAGGAGAACGAUGAGAAGCCAGAUAAGGCAGAUUUUGAGUAACUUAUUAAUCUAUUAUGUAGUGAUGAUAUGAUGGAUGAUGAUGAAGAAGAGGAGGAGAUCUUGGAAGAGGAAGAACGUCAGUAGGCUAAACAGCAGAUUGAAUAACUUAAAAGUGAUCUGUACAAUAUUGAUGAAUUCACACUCUUUAGAAACACCAUUUUGAGUUUCAAGACUUCGUAAGAAUUACAAUUCUAAUAUUUUAGGCAACCCAUGAUUAUUGAGAUUAUUAAACAAAAUCUUGAUCUUCCAAGUUAAUAAAAAUUAAACAAUUAUUUAAAAUUUAUGAGAAUUGAUAAUAGUGAGAGUGCAAGAAAAGUAAGAGUUUCUAUCUAUUUUAAGGUGAUGACGACUUCCAGAAGAAGAUAAAAUAAAUGA